AUGGUACUGGUAAUGAUAUUGGUGAUGCUAAUAAUCAUUAUUAUAUCGGUAAUGCUAUUAAAAAAUAUUGAUAUUAAAAAUUGUAAUGGUAAUGGUAUUAGUAAUGAUAAUGGUAAUGCUAUUGGUGUUGAUAUUAGUAAUGGUAUUGGUUAUGAUAUUGGUGUUGGCAUUAGUAUUUAUUAUAUUAGUAAUGCUAUUAUACCAACACCAAUACCAAUAUCAAUACCAAUACCAAUACUAAUACCCAUACCAGUACCAACACCAAUACUAUUAUCAAUACCAAUACCAAUACCAAUACCCAUACCAAUACCCAUACCAAUAUCAAUAACAACACCAACACUAAUACCAAUACCAAUACCAAUUCCAAUACCAAUGUCAAUACCAAUACUAAUACCAAUUCCAAUACCAACAUAA